AUGGCCGAGUACCACCAGACCCUUGUCUGCUUUCUGACGGCGAGGCGAUGGUUCGACUGCGAGAGAGUGCUGGGGAAAGACCUCGUCCUCCAGAAGCUGUGGGCUGAUACCCCCAGCUCACCAGAGCAGGCAACAAACAGUAAGGAAAAAGAGGCAAACGUUGACCGUGUUCGCGUUUUGGACUUUAGGAGAAUGGCGUCGAGUACACAUAAUCUUGACCCUAACAUACCCUUUCCUUGGGUUAUGGCGGGCUCCAGUCCGCGGUUUAUCCCAACUCUACGGCUUCUAGAAAUCUCUUCGACUCCUCGAACGCUCAUCUUACGCUUGCAGGAGCUCUACCUGCAGAUCGUGAUCCAGGGUCAUGUACUCUGUCAGCCCUUCAACAAGGACCAAUGGGACCUAGAAAUAUCCAAAGUAUCUAAGGAGGCUCGUGGAUUUGCCGUCUGCAUUGGUCUUGACUUCGGCGAUGCCGGAGUACUGUCUUUUCUUGCGGCAGUCGGCCAGAUAUCUGUGCAAAUUCACUGGGAGACGACUAUCAAAGAUUUACCUUGUCAAGCACCGGAUGUUUAUACGGACUACCCGCGUUUUCUGCGCGGUGUGGCCGAAUGGAUACUCAGCCGGGAGAUUUCAAGAGGCGCAGACGCAACCUGUCUAGCCGUGACAGCAAUACAAGACGCCGAAUCGGUAUUUGGUGGUAUGGGGCCGUAUACUGUCAAUGAGGUUUAUUAUUUAGCAGGCCUAUCGCCAUUUCUAACAGUUCAUGAAGUCUUUGGGUGUCCGUCACGUACCGCACGCUUGUGCGAAGCGUUUUGGGCUCUAGCUCACGAUGCACAUACCACUCUGCCCGCUUUCCUUAAUCCUCUGUACCACGGCUAUGUCCUUGCAGCUACCACAGAGCAGCGCUCUCUGUUCGCUCGUUACCUUCAUGUCCAUGCGCAAUCCAGAGCUUACAUGUCGCCACGGAUGAAGACCCUAAGGGAUCAAUACGUGAAUACAGUCCAAAGCCGAACUGCACAUCCAGAACGACCCUUCCUUCGAAAUGGCAUCGGCGGACUCUUUGACGUCUUCGAGCCGACGCUCAUCCAAGCUGCGCUCGAUAAACCUGCCCCUGUACCCCGACUAGCACACCUCAUCUUCGGACCUAUCGAAUGGCGGGUCAAUGGGGGUAAGAUUCCCUCGCGACCGGACCCCUUAACAAUGGCCUUUAAAAAACUUGGCGUGCCACCGGACGUCGCGACAAAUCUGGAGCUUCCGAGAUAUCGAUCUCAGCUAUUCCUUCCCAAGGAACACCUGACGAAAGCCUCGUCGCCAGUCGACCUGUAUCAAGGCAACGAAAGUCCGGUGUCGCUCUGGACGAUCACACCACGCAUCCCAUUCGACGUCGUCACAACAUUUCACACUGGAAGGAAGUCCGUCGGAUAG